UCCGAACAACACGAGACAACUUGGAAAAAACACCGACCCGACGAAAAAUCAAUUCCUGCAAGAAAUGCUUUUUUAAAUAAAAAAAUUAUUCAAAAGGGGAAAAAACCCUAAUUUGAAAUAAAUCUUAAAACCCUAAUUAAUCAGUGAGAAUGGCAAGUAGUGGGUGGAAAAAAUCAAUCGGAAAUGUACGAUCAGUAUUCGGAAAUGCAAUGGGCGGCCUCCGUGGCGGAUCCAAUCUGGCCUCUUGGGUGGUCGCCGGAACCCUAGCUUACUUUUUAUGGGUCAAACCUUCACAAGACCUUAAAAAAGAACAACAAGAGAAAGCUGCACUGGCUGCUGCCUCUGAUCGUUAUCGAUAUGUCGAGAAAGUAAAACCGGUCCCCGAUCUUCAGGAAACUGGGCUUAUAUAUGGGAACAAAAAUAAAACAAAUGAUCCUGAAAAGUGAUGGGAGUGUUUUUGCCGAGGGUGGAAUUUAAGGUAUUUAGUGUUGAUAAAAUUCUGCUAAUCAUAGAUGGUCACAGUAAUUCACAAGCUGCUUGAUGCAAUGAUGCCUAACACUCUUUCCAUGUUUAAUGUGAUAACAAGGUGGUAAACAUGAUGAGAAGUUCCAUUGUCUUUGUUGAGUCUUGUUUCAUUACUUUUGGUGUCUCUGAUAUUUUUGUUAUGUUCGUCCUGUUUGCUGUUUGUGGUUUCUAACUGACUAUUGAUUUCUUAAGAAGCCUUGGAGAAUGAACUAUAUAGUUUAUAUGAA